AUGGCGACAAUCACACCACCCACAUUCCCCCACUGGCUCCACGAGCCCGCGCGCGUCCUCCUCCUGCGCUGCAACAACAUCCGUCCCGCCAACGAGCCGACCUUCACCACCCUCGAGCUCCAACUGUUCCUCACCGCCGCCAACCUCACCACGCUCCUCCUGGGCAAGGUGCCCGACUCCACCACCUGGACUGCCCCCAGCGUCGUGCUCGCCGCCGACGAGACCCGCCUCCUGAGCGACAUCGCGCUGGAGGUGCUCAACAACGCCAUCGAGGAGAGGGUGCUCCCCGACCUGCAGUUCCUCGACCACGCGAGCCCGAAGCCGACGAUGGAGAUUGCGCAGCCUGGCAAGCUGGUUGUCAAGGCGUUCCUCUCCACUGCGACACCGAAGCUCGACGAGGAGGUUGUGGUCCAUGCCGAUGAGGCCUUCGAGGAGACUCGCUGGGUGGCUGUUGUGGACGAGAACCCGACGGGAAAUCAUCUGGAGAGGUAUCUUGCGCCGGGAAAGAUGGCCAUCACGCGAGAUCUGCUCGGCAGGUUCGCAGGCAAAUUCCAACAGGUCGUCCAAGGCGGAGGACCGGCGUUGCGGGAGCUGGUCAGCAACACCAUCAAGACGACCAUCAAGCUCCAACAACUCGACCUCGGCGGCGAGAAUAUCACGCACACGCUCAUCGUGUGGGAUCGCAAUGUUCCGGAUGUCCUGUACCUCAUCAAAGCCAACGCAGAGUUGAUGGCUCAGGUUCGGCAGCAAGAAUUGAGGGAGGUUCAGAGCAUUGUGGCGGUUCCGGGCGGGGAGUAUGCGGUGAAGAGGUACUGGGUCGCGGGCGCUCUUGUGGGAGGGUCGAUUUUGCUGGAUGGGAGGUACUGUUCGCGUGGCAUGGUUGGAGAGGGAUGGAGAGUGGCGAUUGAGUGGAUUCAGGUGACGAAGGGGAUGAGGUUGGGGGGUGUGGGAGUGCCGGGGCAGGCCCAGGCCCAGGCGCAGGGAUGA